CGGUGCCCGCGCGCGGCAGGUGGCGGGCAGCGCAGAAGGAUGCGUUUCCUCCCGUGGGGACUGUGGCUGCUGUGUGUCGCCUCGCCCCCGGCCCGCGCCGACAGCGGCGGCAAGGCGAGGAGCUGCGCCGAGGUGCGGCAGCUGUAUGGGGCCAAGGGCUUCGGGCUCGGCGGCGUGCCCCAGGCCGAGAUCUCCGGGGAGCACUUGCAAAUCUGUCCCCAAGGCUAUACCUGCUGCACCAGCGAGAUGGAAGAGAACUUUGCAAACAAAAGCCGGAGCGAGUUUGAAGCCAUGACGAAGGAGGCGGGUCGCUCGGUGCAGACAAUCCUAACGGCUCAGUACAGAAGCUUCGAUGGUUAUUUCCAGGAUUUGCUGAACAAGUCAGAAAAGGCUCUUUAUGAUGUUUUCCCAAGUAUGUAUGGAGAAUUGUACACGCAAAAUGUAAAGGUCUUCAAGGAUUUGUACAGCGAGCUGCGCCGUUAUUACAGGGGCUCCAAUAUCAACUUGGAAGAGGCCCUCAAUGAGUUCUGGACACGCUUGCUGGAGCGGCUUUUCAAGCUGAUGAAUCCCCAGUACCACAUCACAGAUGAGUACCUGGACUGCAUGGUGAAACAUGCGGAGCAGCACAAACCCUUCGGGGAGGUUCCCAGGGACCUGAAGGUGAAGGCAACCCGAGCCUUCAUUGCAGCACGCUCCUAUGCCCAGGGCUUUCUUGUGGGCAGUGAUGUAGUCAAAAAGGUCUCUCAGGUAUCACUCAGCCAUGAGUGCACUCGCGCCAUAAUGAAGCUGAUGUACUGUCCCCACUGCCGGGGCAUGUCCAGUGUGAAGCCAUGCAACAACUACUGCCUCAACGUUGUGAAGGGCUGCCUGGCCAACCAAGCGGACUUGAACACUGAGUGGAAGUACCUGAUGGAUUCUCUGAUCGUAGUGGCUGAUCGGAUUGCUGGACCGUACAGUGUAGACACUGUAAUAGGAACUAUUCACAUGAGAAUUUCUGAAGCUAUUUCGAACUUGCAAGAAAACAAAGACUCAAUCACAGCCAAGGUUUUCCAAGGCUGUGGAAAUCCCAAAAUCAACACAAAAGGCUCCAGUAGUGAAGAUAAGAAAAGGCGAGGGAAGGUCACGUUAGAAGCGAAACCGUCUACACUAGCACUGGAAAUGCUGAUUUUAGAUGCCAAAGGGAACUUGACAGCGCUCAAGUCUUACUGGGUCACCCUGCCAGGCGUGCUGUGCAGCAGGAAGGUCACGGCCAGCUCGGCAGCAGACGACAAGUGCUGGAACGGGAUGACCAAGGGCAGUUACCUGCCCGAGGUGAUGGGAGAUGGCCUGGCUAACCAGAUUAACAACCCAGAGGUGGAGGUGGACAUCACCAAGCCAGAUAUGACCAUUCGCCAGCAGAUCAUGCAGCUGAAGAUCAUGACAAACCGGCUGGGCAACGCCAACAUCGGGAAUGACGUGGAUUUCCAAGACGCGAGUGACGACGUGAGCGGCUCCGGGAGCGGUGACGGCUGUCCUGACGACGUCUGCGGCAAAAGACUCGCUAAGAGCCCCAGCACCAGACAGCCAGAAACGCACGCCAUUCCCAAGCAGUCGGGACACGGCGUCAGCGGGGCCAGCAGCACGCCGUUGCCUUCUGCCUUCCUCAUCCUCCUUUCGGCGGCUUUUGUCGCCACGCAGCACUUGUGGCGGUAACUCGCUAGCACAGCCGGGAAAGAGACUGCGGCCGAGGGCUUCACUUUGCCAAAACCAACCACCCGACCGACAAAAAGGACAUAUUUAAUUCACCUUGGCAAAAAAAAAAAAAAAAAAGGAAAAAAGAAAAAAAAAGGGAAAAAAAAGAAAAGAAAAAAGAAAUGAGGGAGGAGAAAAAAGUUGCAGUUGUUUGCUAUUUCUGGCAGUGCUCGAGCUGUUUUCUUCCUUCUAGGUCCUUCCCCAGCACAGGGCCCUCCUUUCCAUACUUCAUUGGUUUAAUUUUGAUAUUGCCACGAAUUUUGUUGUUGCGGGGGCUGAACGGCGCCUUUGCAGAGAGGCCCGCCGGGGCCGCCGGCCCGCUACCUGCGGCGGGACGCGCAGUGCCCGGAGCCCGUCCCGCGCCCGCGGGCCGGGGCCGGGAGCAACGCCGCCUCGUCGGACGAGAGACUGCGAGCGGCCGCGCUCCUCGGGCGCCGCGUUCGGGGGCUCUUCGGGGGGGGGGGUCCACUGUGCUUCUUAAGCAGACAGAGAUGCUCCUUCACCUCCAUCGUUGUAUGUCGUAGGGGUGCGUGCGGAUUUGGCGGGUCGAACCAAAACAGUUUGGCAGUGGCUGUUGGACCCAAAAAUGCAGAACUCCCUUUUUCUUUGGAAAGGUCGCAGGUGGAUUUCUUGACUAGAGCUUGUAGCUGAUGACAAUGUUGGAUGUAGGUCUCCUACAUCUCAGUGACUGGGAAUGAGUGUUAGGGUUGGGGUGUGGGGUAUUUUCCUUUGCAUGCUAGUUGGAAAGCCAUUUUUUUUAAACCCAAGUAAUAACGGUCCAAUUUCUACCUGCAGUGCAGUACCGUGGUAGGUAACUGAGAGAUGAAAACAUGCACAGUAGGAUGCUUCACUCGACAGACAGUUGUGCUGCCUCUUCCUCCUCUGGCCCCAGCCCCAGAUGCGAGUGCCUGGUUUUGGUAGCAAGAAAGACUGGGGAUGCCGGAGCGCGGCAGCCGGCUGUGGGAGCUCCCAGCGGGCAUGCGCGGGCACGGACCCCAAGCUGCUGCCGUGCCAUGGGUGGAGAGGGGCCGGCGGCUCGUAGCAGCUGCACGCAGCAGACGGUGGAGCAUCUCCUGGGUCCUGCUGGGGAGGAGCUGUGGCUCAGUGCUGGU